CGGCAAAACAUCUCUUCUUUUGGCCCCCAGCAUCCGGUUGUCAAGCGAUGUAAGACAACCAGUAGAGAUGAAAUUGCCUAGUGGACCUCAUCACAGCAUGAAUCUGUGCGAGCAUGAUCGACCCAUCAAGGAUGAUCGACGCUAUGGCACCGACCUGCAGACUGGUAUCUAUGAUUUGACGGUGUCCAUAUCUCAAAAUGGAUCUUGGCAUGCCAAGAUUGUCGUUCCACUGGAGCGUGGCGUUGGAUACUAAGGCUGUAUGAACUUUUUGUUAUUU